AAGUUUGAAUUCAAUAAUGUAAAUAUUUUUUCCCCUUUUAAAGACAUCUAGAUCUUCCUUUACGAAUUAAUUUUUUUACUUGAUACUCCUUUGUAUUUAAUAUGAAAUGGAUUUGCAGCCGAAACAACAACAACAAAAAGAAUUUAUUUUAAUAUAGGUGACGUGUUUGUUGAACACAAUUUAACUGCGGCCUUAGCUUUCUUUGCUGCAGACAGUUCAAAAAACAGAAACUUUUCAACGAGGAACGGGCACGUCAAUCACAAAUCAAAAAUAGUAAUUUUGAACAAAGCAUGAUCAUUUUUAUUUGAUUAUGAUAAUGAACAUAGGUCAGUCAUUUAACUUUAUUGCAGUUGUUAAUUUGCUGCUAUUUAUAACUCAGGUAUUAUGUGGGCGAGAUUUUUAUUCAAUAUUGGGUGUUUCUCGAACUGCAACUCUCAACCAGAUAAAGAAAGCCUACAGAAAAUUAGCAAAAGAAUUCCAUCCUGAUAAAAAUCCAGAUGAUCCUCAUGCACAAGAAAAGUUUCAAGACUUGGGAGCUGCAUAUGAGGUUCUUUCUGAUGAAGAUAAAAGAAAAACUUAUGAUCAGUUUGGUGAAGAAGGCUUGAAAAAUGAUGCUUUUAGUGGUGGAAGUGAUCCCUUUGCUAGUUUUUUUGGUGACUUUGGGUUCUUUACUGGUGGAAGUCGAUCAGGACAAAGAGAAAUUCCUAGAGGGGCUGAUAUAAUUAUGGACCUCUGGGUUUCUUUAGAAGAAUUAUAUACUGGAAAUUUUGUUGAGGUUGUUCGUAAUAAACCUGUAAUACGACCAGCUAAAGGUACAAGACAAUGUAAUUGCCGGCAAGAAAUGGUAACUAGACAGUUGGGACCAGGAAGAUUUCAAAUGACGCAACAAACAGUUUGUGAUGAAUGUCCAAAUGUUAAAUUCGUCGAUGAAGAAAAACUUCUAGAAAUUGAAAUUGAACCUGGUAUGAAAGAUGGACAGGAACAAAAGUUUGUUGCUGAAGGUGAGCCUCAUAUUGAUGGUGAACCAGGGGAUUUAAGAAUUCGUGUAAAAACAUUACCACAUCCAAUAUUUGAAAGGCGGGGUGAUGAUUUAUAUACAAAUGUUACUAUAUCUUUAACCGAUGCCUUAUCAGGUUUUACAUUAGAAAUACCACAUCUUGAUGGUCAUAAGGUUGAAAUUACUAGAGAAAAAAUAACAUUUCCUGGAGCCCGUAUUCGAAAAAAGAAUGAGGGUAUGCCUAAUUAUGAAAAUAACAAUUUGAAAGGAACACUUUAUAUUACAUUUGAUGUUGAUUUUCCAAAAGGUGAACUAUUAGCUGAACAUAAAGAAACAAUAAAAGAAAUCUUUAAAGAAGAAUCAAAGAAGAAAGUCUAUAAUGGUCUACGUGGCUAUUAAAGUGAAAGCACUUAGUCAAUCAUUUUGCUAUGCAAGUUGAAAUAUAGAUAGUUUUGUAAAAAUGUAUUUUAUAAGAAUUGUCACAUCAUGCAUUUCACUAUUUAUUUGUAAAUUAUUCUAAAGCAGUUAGUUUUGUUAAUUUUUUAUAUAUUAUCUUUUUUAUGCUGAACACUGUUAUUUAUUAAAAAAUGAACCCAUAGUUAUAAAUGCUCAAUCUUAUCUCCACCUGUCUUUUUACAUUUCUAUUUGAAAUUCCAUUAAUUUUAAAAAUCCUCUUGCGCUAAUUGCGUUUUUUUAAUUUUUGGAUUGUGUUGUACAUAAUUUAUUUUGUGAUUGAUUACUGUUAGAUAUCUUAUUUAUUUACUUAAAUUAAACUGGUUGAUUUACAUUACAUGUUUACAUGAUUACAUUACAUGUCCCAACAUGUUUUAAGUUGUUUUGAUCUACUUAAUAGUUGUCUAAAAGGACAUGAUUAUUUAUUUUUUGCUAGCAUCAAUUCUUUUUUCUUUUU